UUCGGCACCUGCUCAAGUCAAUUAAAACUUUUAUGUUCAACUAAAAGUCCUAUAUAUUGACAAUGUGGGCUGUUUACAUCUGUGCGUUGGCUGCCAUUGUCAUAAUAACAGGCAAUCUUGCUGUCAUGGUGAUAUUUACUCGAACACCUUCACUGCGCAUGCGCAAGUACUAUCUAUUGAUCAGCCUGUCAGUUGCUGAUUUCUUCGUGGGUUUGAUAUCAGUACCGUAUUACCUCGCGUUGCUUGUCCACUCACCUUUGUCGGAAGCUUCUUAUCUCGUAUAUACAGUUCAAGACAUCUUAUUUGGAACAGCAUCAGUGUUUGGUUUGACAGCCGUGGCGAUUGAACGAGCGUAUGCCGUAUAUUUCCCGUUCAAACAUCGUACACUUUGGAAAGGUGCGUACAUGAUUGGCAUAGCAGUAGUAUGGCUUGUGGCAAUACUAUUCGCUUUUAUUACAACUUCUGAGUAUGCAAUCUCAAUCAUAUAUCCAACAUCUGCCUCCAUCUUGAUCUCUCUUCUCGGCAUCAUAAUCUCCUAUGUCCUUAUAUGGAUUAAGAUGCAUUGCAUGACAAACAUGGUAAGUCACGCAAUCCAGAAGCGUGACAAGAAAAUGACCGUCACCCUUCUGAUCGUUACUAUUGUGAGCCUAUUAGCCUGGAUUCCAUUCCAAGUGGUAACAGUUUACGCGAUAACCUGUGGAAGCCUGUGUCUGCAUGACAAAGAAAAAGAAAUUAUGAUAACCAAAGUUUUGCAGUACAGCAACUCUCUUGUGAAUCCUAUCAUCUAUGGUCUUCGAGUUCCUCAGUUCAAAAGAGCUCUUCUCAAGAGGUUGCUGUGUAAUCGUGAUUUAUCUGUAGAAGUUGGCCAUGAACUGGCAGCACGCAAUCGUGACCCACCAAGCGUUGUACCGAUUAAUACAAAUGAUAACAUGACGAGGAUCGACUGAUCUAAAGACGAACACAAAUAAGAAAAAACUACGACUUUUCUGCUAUAGAGUCAGAAGUGGGAUAACCAACAGCAUUGUUUGCCCAUGAAAAGACGGAAGCAAUAGACGCUAACCCUGAUAACGUCUCAUACCCAAACUACCAGAUCUUUUUCAAAAUAUAUCUUCAUAUUCAAAUGUCCUUUGAAAAUGCCUAGACAAUAGUGAAUGAUUCAGUAGCAUUAAA